GAGGAAGAUCUUUUACAUGCACAGACGGCACAAGUUUUUCAGCAGGAUGGAGAAGUGCAUCAACCAAUUCCGUGGAUGGCUUCCCCGCAAACCCAUGAAGUUUGACAGCGACACUCUACCAUAUUUGGAAGAAAAYGAAAGCUUUACUGCCCCAUUCAGUCGAUCAAGGAUCCAUCAUUUUAUCAUCCACAACAAGGAAACCUUUUUUAACAAUGCCACCAGAAGUCGCAUCAUCCAUCACAUUCUUCAGCGGGUAAAGUAUGAAGAGGGGAAAAAUAAGAUGGGGCUCAAUCGUCUUUUGAGCAAUAACUCAUACGAGGCAGCGUUUCCUCUUCAUGAGGGCAGCUACCGCAGUAAGAACUCCUUCAGGACACAUGGAGCAGAGAACCAUCGGCACCUGCUGUAUGAAUGUUGGGCUUGGUGGGGGGUUUGGUACAAGUACCAACCGCUGGACCUUAUCAG